CCUUUAAAAAAACAAACCAAACCAGUUGCAACACUAGUUAAAACUUCCCCUUGCUGCCAAUUGUACGAGUCAGCUGAAACUCACCACUUUCACAGAGAAGCUGCUGCUGUAGCUUUCUAAUAAGAGGACCUGCACGUUUCUCCUCCCUGUCUUCACCAGCGGUUUUGAGACUGAGCAGAACGUCUUAACGCAUAAAUGUUGCUAAGUUCAGAGUGCCAAAAACUAAGUUCAGAGUGCCAAAACCACUUCUGAAAAUUUUGUGAGAUUAUGGGAAGAAACCUCUUUCCUCUGCUAAAAAAAAUAUUCUAAAUAAACCUUUUUAUGGCAUUUCUUGUUGCUACGACAAACAAGUUGAAGACUAAAGUUUUACCAUUACUUGUCAAUGAUAACCAUCUCUCUAAACUGAACAGCUAAAAAUCCUUUGCAAAUGAUGGCCACAACUUCAGCUGAUUUACUGACCAUUACUUCACACAAGGAAGAAUUCUGGAGUAACCAAAUCAACCUGACCAUAAAUGCCUCAGAAAUUCACAAUGAUGCCAGCUGUCCCUUAGAUGACAACUCACUGUCACUUGCUUUGAUAGUUUUUUAUUCUGUUAUUUUCAUCGUUGGAUUGGUUGGAAAUAUGAUAGCCCUAUUUGCUUUCCUGUGCAUUCAUCAGAAAAGGAAUUCUAUCCAAGUUUACUUGCUAAACGUAGCUGUUGCAGACCUUCUGCUGAUCUUCUGUCUUCCCUUCCGGAUACUCUAUCAUGCCACCAACAACAGCUGGAUGUUUGGGCAGAUUUUAUGCAAGGUGGUGGGAACUCUGUUUUACAUGAACAUGUAUAUUAGCAUAGUACUGUUGGGACUAAUUAGUCUUGAUCGUUAUAUAAAAAUAACUAGGUCUGUGAAGCGUCCAAAGAUGUUAACCACUACCCGGAGCGUGCAGAUCUGCUGCACGGUGUGGGCGAUUGCACUGACAGGAUUUAUAGUAGUAGUUGCACCAUCUUUCUUCAAGACUCAGGACAGCAACUCUACCCUGUGCUUUCAUUACCGAAGCAAAAAGAAUGCAAAGACAGAAGCAAUUUUAAAUUACAUCACUGUUCUGAUUUUUUGGAUAGUUUUCUUCCUUUUGAUACUUUCGUACAUUAAAAUUGCCAAGAACCUUCUGAAAAUUUCGAGGAGAAGGGCAAAUUUCCCCAAUGCAGGAAAAUACACCAAGACAGCAAGAAAUUCCUUCAUUGUUCUCAUCAUUUUCACCGUCUGUUUUGUGCCUUACCACAUGUUCCGGUUUGUCUACAUCACCUCACAGUUACAAACCCCAUCCUGCUAUUGGAAGGAGAUCAUUCACACGUGCAACGAGGUGAUGCUCAUAUUUUCAUCAUUCAACAGCUGCCUAGACCCAGUUAUGUAUUUCCUAAUGUCCAGAAGUGUCCGUAAGACUGUAUUCCAACUGAUUUGCAGAAAACUUCAUGGAGAGUCGAGCCUAAACCUGGAGAGCACUUCAGACAUAAAACUUGGCCAAUACACACAAGAGCGAUUAUCGACCACCACUCCCCACUCCAGUUACUCAAGGAAGAAGUCUAUGAUUUGAAUGUUUAAAUGAAUCUCUGUCGCUCCAGGACACCAAUUUCAGAUCACAAAAUCCUCUACUCUACAGCUACUAAUGCUGCCUCUUUCCUCCUAUUAAGAAAAAUGAGAAGUCCUACUUCUGUUUGUGAAAAUGAGAAGUUACUUUUCAGAAGCAUUUUGCUCUUGUUUAUCCAAGAAAACAAAUUAGGAAGUUCUCAGACAUCUUGUGUUGGACUAAACUAGAACACUAACUCUUUAGGGAGAUUUCCACGAAGGGAUUUGAACCUGUAAAAGUAAACUUGUAUAUAUACAUUAAUAUUAGUAACUUGUGUAUGUAAAUAAUAGAUGAAUUUUGCCAAAAGUAAAUUCUGUCCUAUUUGAAAGAUCUAGAUACCCUUACAGAUUUCAUGUAUUUUAUGGUUUUCUCUGUUUUAAUAGGUUUCAAAGAGAUCAGUAUUUUAACUACAUUUAUAAAUGCAUUUUUAAAGAAAAUAUUUGAGAAUUUAGCAAUAUAUGUGGCUUAAAAAUGAGGUGAAGAAUACAACAGCUAUUAAUUCAGUUAUACGUACAGAAGGCACACUGAGUUUUAUUAAACAGCAAAACUAAAAUAUUCAAUCCUCCUAAGUACCUUAUUAUAUUUCCAACAUUUUAGUGAGUGUCAAGGUCAAACACCUGAGGAAAAGCAAGCAAUGCUUUCAGAAAAUUAGGAAUGAUUGAAGGAAAGAUGACAUGUGGGUAUUUCCUAUGAUUUCCUUCAAUAUGACAAAUUUGAUGACUGUAGCUACACAAAAUAGUUCAGCAAGGAACAUAAACUCACAGAACUGAGCAAAAAGAACAGCCAGGCUCAGCCAGUGGUCUACUUCUAGAUUUCCAAAGCCACACAUUCCAGCUGCACGCUUCCUCCCUGGCAUCAGCCUCCUCUUUCCAUGUGAUUAAAAUAAUCUUGGUAAUUGCUGAUGCCAUGUGAACAGCAAUGUAACAGCAAUAUUUCAUUGCUACAGCUAUACUCUCAGAUUCAAGCUAAACAGCUUUAUGCAUUUAGGCACAAACUAAUUUCAAACUGUAACAUUUCUUAAAAACCAGAGAGCUGAAGGUGGGGGAUGUCUGGCACGAAGAUGACUAAAGCAGCACAACCAUGAACAACUUAAAUGUCUGGCAUAACAGACCAGAAAGGUCAAAGAAAUAGAGACCAGAUAUCAAGCUCUGUAAAAUAAGGAUUUGUUAUCUUGACACAUACAAACAAUACUGCUCAAGUAAGCAGGUAUAAAGAAGUUAGUUUUAAUAUGACUACUAGUAACUUCUCUAAUGGAUCAUGUGAUUUUUAAUGCCAAAUCCAUCUGUGUGGAUUUUUUACUAAAUCCAUAGACUAUUCUGAUUUUACAGAAGAUACUCAUAAUACUCUGAUUGAGCAAAGUAAACAUAAGACAUCACCUCUGCUAGAUAGAAACUAGUUUUAAUUUUGAUGUGAUUUUACAUUGCUCAGACUUGAUGAAACUGGAUAUGAACACAUCUAACAAAUUGCAAUGACUAGUCAGUCUAUUUUGUUUCCAUUUUUAAUUAAAAAUUAUGGGGUUUCUUAAUCUUCAAAAGAAAUAUUCCCACAAACAUGCAAUUUCAUAAAGAUACAAUGGUAACUGCAUUUUUUGUUAAACAUUUCAGCAUGCAACAGAGAUGUUUGUACAAUAAUUUUGGAUUCUCACAGUAAUUGCAUUUCAUGAUCGUCUAUAAUUUUGUCAUCCUAUUAUAUUAAUGCUUCUCUUGGUUUUGUAUUUGUACAGUGCAAUUCUAUUAUGCAGUACUAUAGUUCUACAUAGUUACAUCAAUUCUGGUACAUCUAGUAGAGUUUAUAAACCAUAAACCAUACAUUUCACAAGA